AUGGCGCUGGUCCGGCUGGUCCUGCCGGUCCCGCCGGUCCUGCCGGGGCCGGGGCUUGGGGGCGGCUGGGGCCGGGGCGUCGGGGUCCGGCGCUGCGGCUCCGGCUCCGGCUCCGGCUCCGGCCCGGCGGCCCCGGAGCUCCCGGGCGUCCCGCGGUCCACCUGGCGCUGGCUGCGGCGGCUGGCGGUGGGGGCGCCGCGGCCGCCGUUCGUCCGGGUGUGCCAGGUGGGCGACCCGGUGCUGCGGGCCGUGGCGGCGCCCGUGGAGGCGGCGCGCCUGGGCGGGCCCGAGGUGCGGGCCCUGGUGGGGCGGCUGGUGCGGGUGAUGCGGAGCCGCGGGGCGGUGGGGCUGAGCGCGCCGCAGCUGGGGCUGCCGCUGCAGGUCCUGGUCAUGGAGUUCCCCGACUCGGCCUACCGGGCCUGCGGGCCGCGGCUGCGGGAGGCCCGCCGCCUCGCCCCCUUCCCGCUCAAGGUCUUCGUCAACCCCAGCCUGCGCGUGCUGGACGCCCGCCUCGACUCCCAGCCCGAGGGCUGCGAGAGCAUCGCCGGCUUCUCCGCCCACGUCCCCCGCUUCCGGGCCGUGCGGAUCGAAGGGCUGGAUGAGAAUGGAGAGCCUGUGGUGUGGCAGGCAAGUGGCUGGCCAGCCCGCAUCAUCCAGCAUGAGAUGGACCACUUGCAGGGCUCCCUCUACAUUGAUAAAAUGGACAGCAGGACUUUCACAAACGUACGGUGGAUGGAAGUGAAUGACUGAAUCCCCCCUCUCCUGAUCGCUCCUUCCUCAAACAAUUCCCUGGAUCUCCAGCUUCAGGUUGAGCUUCUCAGGAUUUGGGGUAAGCUUUCAGCUGGCCCAUUUUUUAGCUGAAAGCUAAAUAAGCAAUCAAAGAAAACACAGCCACCCAUCCUGUGUUGGCACGAGCUUGUGGGUUCUGAUGAAGAAAGUAUCUGUAUUAAAAUUAGGGUCUUGGGCCCUCCAAGGUGAGAGAGAAAUAAAUGCCUCAGGAUUCUCAGUGGA